AUGGACGAGAACCACUCAUGCUCUGCAAUUGAUGAUCAGCUCAACAUGUCUCAGUUGGAUAUGGAGCCGGAGAUGAUGUUCCCGGUCAGAGUUUGGAAUGCAGAGCUUGAUGGCAUCGAGGACUACUACCACCAGCUCAAGACUGCCGAAGAUGAGGCCUACAAGAGUUUCGUUGAGCAACUUGAGCUCGAGAUACAACAGAAGCGAGAAGAUCAGAUGGCAACAUUGAACGCCGAGAUCCAUCAGUACAUGCACUCGGUCCAGGUCAACAUUGAUCAGACACUCAAGGAGUUGAAAGAGCUGAAACUUCGGCAACUCAAGGUGGAGCAUGCCAAGAAGAAACUGGAGCUGGAUAAUGCACAGAAGAGGGCACGCGUGAAUCACCUGGAAAAGCUGGGCACGGAUUUCAAGUUUCGCAGUCAGCUAUCUCCUAGCGAUCCCUCGCCUGGACAUGCGUCGCAAGGUCGUCAAGAACAGAACGCUAUUCCCGACCACCGCAACGAGCCGCAACCAAUUCACUCCAGAGAGGCUGAGGCUCCAGGUACGACGGACGCAGCAACCACCAACGGAUUUCGAAAGGAGCAUCCGAACAACAUUGAUGGUGGCGGAGAUUUAGAGACUACUGGAUCCCAGGAGAUGGACGUCUCGGACAAGCUCCAAGAGGCCCAAGAGGCCCCUACUGGUACACGAAGCAAAGGGAAACGUAAAGCCAGCCAUGCGUUGGAAGAGACUUCCUCGGGUAGGCAGAAACGAACGAGGCGUGUUGAGCCAAACGACGUCCCUCCAGACCCGGCCGCCUCGGUUGCUGGCGACGAGAGUAAUGCACGUUCUCGGCCCCAGCGGAGCGCUGCACAGCCCAAAAAGCGCAGUGAGCGCCGCACGAUCUCGUUCGACGAGGUCUACCAGGACGGCCAGGCUGAACAUAAACACAUGAUCAUCGAGUACCCUACCGACAGCAACAAAUGGUACAUCCUUAGGUGUGAUGAGCACGGUGUCCAUUUCGGUGUUGAUCCUCUGCGCGGUGCAUCUAAGCACAUCAAUGUUGCGGAGCACGGAUAUCUGCAGAAGAAAUUUGACCUGGCCAUUGACAUCUUAGGCCAUGUCGUAUUCGACUGCGACCGGGAGCUCGCCGAAAAGAACAACGCCGUGACCUUGGAAUACUUCAAGAACGGGGGAAAACCUUUCAAUGCCAAGUACCUCUCCAGGAUCCAGAGACUCGCCCAUGGUUUCGAUACGGUUGCGCGGACCCCUGCUACAAGCGUCCCUCCCAGGCUAGAAGAGACUCCUGACAGCACUCCCAAGGCGACGGCAGCCACUGCCGCCAAGAGCCCGAAAGUGUUCAGCGGUAUCACGGAUCCCGUUGCCGGCGAGCUGUAUCUGGGCUACUGGAGCAAGACAAAGACAAAGUACCCCAUCCUUAUCUGUCCAAUGCAGGGCGACAUCGAAAACGCCACAGGCAUCCCAGGCACCUUGGCAAGCAUCAACAUGGUAACCAACGCGCCACGCUGCAUCCGGGUCCGCAGGUCGACCCAAGAGAUCAUUGGCUGGGCUGCAGGCUUCGAAGGUGGCGGCCAGCAUGUAGAGAAGCGAGAGUUCCCCGUUGUCUAUCUCGACAAGAAACAGCAGGUCGGUUGGCUCGCCGUCAAACACAUUUCCCGGUUCGACUUCGAAGAUCCAGAGGCCGAUAAUAUCCCCAACUUCUUCGCGGCUCGAGAUAUUUACGCCCGACUUAGGGGCUACGCAGGAGGCUACGAAGCCCUCGCUGCAGCGCGAGCCGCCUCCUGCAGAAAGAACCCCCAAGCUGAAGCAGGUGACAGCCCUCACGGCAGUGCCGGUGUGGAAACUGCCGCACGACGCUCAGUCUCGCAUGAGGCGAGUCAUGAUGGUGAGCGGAGCCCAGCCCAGAACCGUCGGUUGGAAGAGGCAGGUGACGGCAAUGGCUCGGACGAUGCCGAGGAUAAUGGCUCGGAUGAGAUGGAGGAAGAUAGUGCGUCCAUGGUGGCGCCCGGUGAGAUGGAGACGCGAGAGACAACCUUUUCCCCCGUGGGCUGUGAAGCGACGAGCACAACGGCGCAAGCGCCGGUUGGUUCUGAAAGCAGCACAUCACAACACCCACAAAAGGAUGAACAGCUGCCCGACCCUCGCCAGGCAAACGAUAUCAACCCCGAGCUGCGUACAUUGCCCGAGUCACAGGACAAUGCGGUAACAAAGCUCGGAGAGCAAGCGUCUGCUACAAAUCGCAUCGCCUCUCCCGCUUCUGUCGAUAAUCCAGUGCCCGCCGGCGCCGCUCCUGCCGUUGCGGCGCACAAUAUACCUAGACUUGCAGAUGCAGAUGCCGCCAACGACGAGCUCUCGGAGCCCCGCCCGCAACGCACAGCGGCGGAUGGCCCGAGCAUAGCUACACCACCAACCGAGCCUCCUCGCACAACUAGUGCAGGCCUUCCUCCUAUCCAAGGGUCGGACCUCACCAACCGCCAAGCACCCAUCCAAGCCACUGAGAAAGAGACUCACUCUGACAAGCCUUUGUCCUCUGAUGACUCGACAAUGUCAAGAGAACCACAACAGAAACUUGGCACUACUAACAGCCAGCCUUCGAGACGGUCUCCUAGUUCCCAUCCAGAACCCGACGUCCGGACAAGGCCGCCACCGACCAAUCCCACUCAACUUGACACAGCACAGAACCGCAAAGUGCCGCUUAGCAUCCAAGAUAUCUUGGGAGCCGAUGUUAGUCCCAUCAGGCCUCCUCCUGGAUCUUCGGGAUCUGCGCUUAGUCAGGGAGCUGCGAGCAGGUCUCUUUCUCCUUCUGUUGGAAGAACGGGACAAGCAUCGACCUUGCCGCCGCGUCCGACGUCGGUACAGCCAGGAAACUCAGUCCCCUUCAGACCGGCAGAUACAGCCGCAAGUCUCAGGAAUGGAAGUGGUAGCGGCAAACCGCCUCCGGCAGGCUAUACGAAUGGCCGUGGCCAGGCGGCUGGUCGCCCGGAGCCAUCCAACGCUCCAACUUCGACGUCACGGGUCACGACGCCCAAGCCUACACCGACUUUCAUCCGCGGUGACAGUACCGAUCAGCGAUGGAAAGCAGUGCGGAACCCCUCAUAUCCUACUUCGCCGCAGACGACACCGAGCCCUCUACUGGCGACAGCCGAGGCGUUGGGUGGCGCGCAGAGGGCACAGGCACCCACGGUUGAUUCCCCGGCCGGCCUCGCCAGCGCGGGCGUGGGUGCAGGCCAGGUGUUCCACAUCAAGGCCUACUCGGUCAAGAUCAAGGAACAAGACCGGCCGACGAAACGUGGCUAUAGUGGGGUUGGGCUGCCUUUGACUGUUGAUAGGGACGGCCGUGCUGCGCGGGCCGUUGAGGGACAUCCUGCCAACGAUGCCAAUGUGGUGAUCAGCCCGGGCCGCAUAGUGACGAUGACGCUAGACACGACAGACCCUGGAUCCACUAGGAGUGUGGCUGUAGAGGUCGCGGAGAGGGCGGACGCGGUGGUGCAGCGGCUCGAGUUCGCUCCGUACCGUGUGGGAGGGCCCGGAGGGCGGACCGAGUCGGGUACGGUGCAGGCGAGGCGGUUCUGCCAGUGGGUCAGAGCCGUCAAUCACGGGCUCAAGUUCCAGCACAAGAAGUGA